CUGUUUCUCACUCGCGCGCUUGCAAAUCCAUUGAAACGGGAUAAUAACUAACAUGAUACAUGAACAGUAAAAAGUUGGAAGAACGAGGACUAUGGAUUGAAUAUUGUAAUAUAUCCCUUGCCCCUCACCUUUUACUCCUCUAGGCCGGCCAAAUUUGAUCCUGUAUCUUUCCCUCUGUUGUCGCAACGAUCCUACCUCGCUCCAUGGAGCUCAAACCGGGUUUGUCGGCACUGGUCACUGGAGGUGCCUCUGGAAUUGGUAAAAGUCUUUGCUUAGCUCUUGCAGAGAAGGGUAUAUUUGUCACAGUUGUUGAUUACUCUGAAGAAAAGGGAAGACAAGUCUCAUCCCUCGUUGAGCAAAUUAACACCAAGUUCCAUCCCAAGUUAGAACAUCCAUCUGCGAUUUUUGUGAAAUGUGAUGUGUCUAACACAAGGGAUAUUGCUGAUGCAUUUGAGAAACAUUCGUUGACAUAUGGAGGACUGGACAUUUGUAUCAACAGUGCAGGGAUCGGUAAUCCUGUACCGUUCAGUAAGGAUAAAACAGAUGGCUCUCGCUCAUGGAGAUACACUAUUGAUGUGAAUUUGAAUGCUGUUAUUGAUUGCACUCGCCUAGCGAUUAGAACCAUGGAAGCUACCAAAUCGCCUGGUGUGAUUAUCAAUAUGGGUUCUGCUUCCGGUCUUUAUCCAAUGUACGGAGAUCCUAUAUAUUCUGCCUCCAAAGGUGGCGUUGUCAUGUUUUCUAGAUCGCUUCGUCCAUACAAACACCAGGGAAUUCGUGUCAAUGUGCUCUGCCCUGAGUUUGUUCAAACUGAUAUGGGCACAAAGGUGGAUUCUAAAUUUGUUGGUUUGAUGGGGGGCUUUGUACCUAUGGAAAUGGUUGUGAAAGGUGCUUUUGAGCUUAUUAUUGAUGAGAGCAAAGCUGGUUCAUGCCUAUGGAUUACAAAUCGCCGUGGAUUUGAGUACUGGCCCACGCCAUCAGAAGAAGAGAAAUACAUGUUACCCUCCUCAAGUUUUCGGAGAAGAUCCGAGUUCAAAGCUCCACCAAUUAAACUUCCUGAGAUUUUUGAGAAAAUAGUUGUCCACACCUUGACUCACAACUUUAGGAACGCAACCAGUAUCGUGAGAACAUCACUGAGAUUACCCAUCAAACCACAUCAUGUUCUUGUAAAAUUGGUUUAUGCCGGUGUAAAUGCUAGUGAUGUAAAUUUCAGUUCAGGCCGCUAUUUUAGUGGCAAGGACAAAGACAUUUCUUCUCGUCUUCCAUUUGAUGCUGGAUUUGAGGCUGUGGGAAUAAUUGCAGCUGUUGGGGAUUCUGUGACUGGCUUAAAAGUUGGCAUGCCUUGUGCGCUCAUGACUUAUGGAGGGUAUUCUGAAUUCAUAAUGAUUCCUUCAAAACAUGCCCUUCCAGUUGCUAGACCAGAUCCAGAAGUUGUUGCCAUGCUUACUUCGGGACUAACUGCUUCAAUUGCUCUUGAAAAGGCAGGGCAUAUGGAUUCUGGAAAGGUAGUUCUUGUUACUGCUGCAGCUGGAGGAACCGGACAAUUUGCAGUUCAGCUUGCAAAAUUAGGAGGAAAUAAAGUGGUUGCAACUUGUGGAGGAGGGGCGAAAGCCAAGCUUCUAAAAGGAUUGGGAGUUGACAGGGUCAUAGACUAUAAAAGUGAAGAUAUUAAAACCGUUCUGACUAAGGAGUUCCCACAAGGCAUUGACAUCAUCUAUGAGUCUGUUGGUGGUGCCAUGUUCAACUUGUGCUUGAAUGCUUUAGCAGUCUAUGGGCGACUCAUUGUGAUUGGAAUGAUUUCUCAGUAUCAAGGAGAGCAUGGUUGGAAGCCAUCAAACUAUCCAGGAUUAUGCGAGAAGAUCUUGGCAAAGAGCCAGACUGUGACUGGCUUUUUCCUGGUGCAAUAUAGUCAUUUGUGGCGACAACAUCUUGACAGACUAUUUGAUCUGUACUCUGUGGGAAAGCUAAAGGUUGCUCUAGAUCCAAAGAGAUUUUCAGGCCUACAAUCUGUUGCUGAUGCAGUUGAGUAUCUCCAUUCAGGUCAAAGUGUUGGGAAGGUUGUUGUCUGUCUUGACCCAUCUUUCCAUCGUCAAGUGGCCAAACUAUGACUCCUCAAGGAUUAUACUAUUGUUUCAUCAAUUUCAAAUAUGGAAUUGUGAACUGAAGGAGGUGGAAUGAAAAUCAGCGUCCACUAUCUUUGCAGCUCUUACUCAAAUAUGCUACUGAACUAUAGUGAAGAUUGGUUCUGCACUUUCAAAUUUCUUGUCUGUUCAACUCCAGUAUAAUAUAUUCUCGCCUUUAUUUUGAGUUUACUUUGAGGUUGUGUAAUCAGUAACAAUAAAUGUUAUGUAAAAUCCAGACGUCCUUUAAGCAAGUUUGCUUUUUUGUUAGACAAUAGAUUCCUUUCCAAAACUCAGGGACAAGUAUGAAGCAUCCAUUUUGAAUUGUGUUUU